UGCGCAGCGUCGACGGCGGCGUUCUGACAGGUUUGGAUUUGGCAUGCUGAAAAGCCCCCGAGCACAGCGGACAGUUACAAAAACAAAAGAACAAAACGAAAACACAACAACACAAAAUGCUUGAAAAGCCGAAGCCGAAGCCGUAGACGAGACGAUGCCGAUGCCGACGCCGUUGCCAGUGCCGUGGCUGUUGCCGUUGCCGACGCCGACGUCGACACCGACGCAACGCCGACGCAGACGCCUCGUUUGCCAACUCGAUAAAAGUGUGUGCUAGAUGACGUUACCGUUACCGGUCGUGAUUGUUGUUGUUGCUGUUGUUGCUGCUGCUUUCAGCGCUGCUGCUGCUGCGGCUGCUGCUGUUCACAUUUGGAUAAUAAAACUGGCAACGCGCACUCGAGCGCCAAGUUAAUUUGCAAACGCUGCUCAUACGCUGCGGAGGCAAGAAGCAAAGCGAAAACGUAAAGCAGCAAGAACGCCUCCGGCCAGAGGCUUACACGGUCGCCGUCACAGUGUUCCCCCCAGUGUGCCCAAAGCGCGUGCGUGCUCAGCGUCCAGUUUGGCCUUAUUCGCAUUGACAGCGACAGCCACAUCCACAUACCCAAACGCACACAGUCAAAACAAACGCCCGCCGCAGUCUUCAUCUCGUGUCGUUCCUAGUAAGUCAUUUUUGUUCGAGCAUUCUUUCUGUUCCGUCGCAUUUUGGAAAUCAGUCGCGAUUUCUUGCGCGCUUCUCUCAUUUAACGGCUCUUCACUGCGCGGCAAAACGAGUGCUAAUAAUACAAAAAUAAUAAUAAUAAUAAUAGAAAUUACACAAAUUAUUUAACUACACCAGUUACGGUAGCAUAAUUAGGCACUAAAAUUGCUUAUGUGAUUUUCGCAAGUUUCAAAGUGAAAACAUUGUUAUAUAUACUAAAUUUUUUAAAAUACGCUAAAAAAAUUCGGCGAAGGCUGCCAGCAAAAUCGUCUCGAUGAUUGACUCCCGAGUGCUCAAAGCGAAGACGAAAAGUGUGCCCAGCAAUUUGCACAAUUUUCCGUUAUAACGAAUGCCACAACAAAGCAAAGACAGCAGACACCAAAGCAACCGUCAGGACAACACUAAAAGCUUUUCAGAUAUAUUUAACUGUAGACAAUAAGUAGCCAAUGCCAAAUAGAAUGAUAAUGGAUAAAUCUGAGGCAGCCGGCGAAAACGCUUGGACCAAGCUGCUCACCGAGGACACCAGCAAGAAGCCCGAGAUUGUCAAAUCCACAAUCAUCAACAACAACAAGGAGCUUAACACGAAGGCGACAGCAGCGCUUAACGUGGAGCAGCUGAGCACAGCAGACGUAGGCGCCGGCGCAGGCGUCAAUACGCUGCCUCCCAGCGCAGGCGCUGAUCCCGUUGCCGAUGCCAGCGCCAAUGGCGAGCAGGCCUACAAUCGCAGCGCCACCUAUGGGUCGGGCAUCAACAGCGCCGGCGGCGAGUCCAGCGGCAGUGGAACUCUGCUCUCGCGCAAGGAAUCGUUCCUGGGCUCAUUUCACAAGCAAAUCAGGCGCUCCAUAAAGGCGGUCAGCGAGUCGCCGGGACCAUUAACUAGGUGAGUGUUAAGACUCUUA